AUGGUCCUCCUCAACACAACCACUCAUAUCAUCUCCGCACUUGAGGCCGUUCCCCCAUCUUCUCGCAAGGAACUGGACCUCCCCGACUCUCUGAGUAUCAACUCGCCAAUCUCACAUGAGCAAGUGAUCCGUCUAUCACGCUACUUCCGCAAUGGAGCGAACAGCACGAGUCCCGACCCGAACCCAGACAGAAGCCUCAACUCGCUCCUCCGCGGCACAAGAGUCUACGUCCCUCCUCCGUCUAAGAAACCUGAACCUAGCCCCGAGUACCUCGCUCUAAAGGCCCGCCUCCUCGCUGCCGCCGAAGCAGACGCCUACAACCGCAUGACUGCCACAACAUUCACACCCUCCGCACCAGGGCAAAGCGGGCCCUCGCCGAUCUUCUCCUCCUCCACGCCGACUCUCUCCGCCCUUCACGACUCUAAAGCACCCGCCGGCGAUACGGAGACGACAGACCCGCUCACCCCGUCACUGGUACUGAACAUUUUCCUCUCGGUGCUCAUCACCGGGUUCAGCGUGUACUGGGCGCUGACAAGCUUCCGUACCCCUGACAUAUUGGUGAGCUCUGUAUCCUCCUUGUGGCGGGGACAGCCACCCGGCAAACCGAGCGCGAAUAGGGUGAGCGAGGGCGCGUCGGAGCCGGUGCGGGUUCUGGUGUCCCUGUUUGCCGCGCUGAUGGUGGGUGUAGCGGAAGUGUUGAUAUAUGCAAUUUAUCUUCAAAAGGUUGACCAGGCGCGGACGCGUGAGAGGCGCAUCAAGGAGCGGAAGGAGGUAGUGGAGAGUGAUGUGGUUGGGGGUCGAGCCGGCAAGACGGAUAAGGAGGGGAUCCAGAGAGUUGAUGGAGAGCAGGAGACGAUAUGGGGGAGGGGUGCGAAUGGAGGCGUGCGGCGGAGGGUGAGGGAGAAAUGGGAGGAGAAGGAGUGUCAGAGGAACCACGAUAAUGUGGCAUGA